AUGGCCACAGAACAGCGCCCUGUAACGAUUGCUAACACUAGCGGAGCCACAGGAGAUGGACCCCUUGCACUUCGCCGUGUCGUCCGAGAAGGACCGGUCGAUGUCGUGACGGCCGAUUACCUGGCCGAGGUCAAUAUUGCCUGGCUUGCCCUAGAAAAAAAGCAGGACCCGAACAAGGGCUACGAGAAAAGUUUCCUCCGGCAGCUAGAUCGAGACACAGCCCAUAUCGUUGCGGAGAAGGGCAUCAAGAUCAUCCACAAUGGCGGGGCACUCAACCCCAAAGGUCUCGCCCACGAGGUUGAGAAGCUUCUGCAGUCGUAUGACAUCACGACGCUGAAAAUAGCCUACGUCGAGGGUGACAAUGUUAUCGGGAAGCUGGAGACCCUUCAAAAGCCGGGCUAUGCUCCCCAUCUGGACGUCCAAGGCCGCGAUCUCUCUCAUGUCGAAAAGCCGGUCCUCAGCGCGAACGCUUACGUGGGAAUGGGCGGCAUUGUUGCUGCCCUCAAGAUGGGCGCAGAUAUCAUCAUCUCAGGCCGCUGUUGUGACGCCAGUCCCGUCAUGGCUGCUGCAGCCUGGUGGCGUGGCUGGAAAGAGACGGACUAUGAUAGGCUGUCUGGGGCGCUGCUUGCAGGCCACUGCAUCGAAUGCGGUUGCUAUGCUACCGGGGGCAACUUUUCCGGCUUCAAGUCCAUCCCGCAUAACUGGAACCAGGGCUUUCCCAUUGCCGAUAUUGCCGCUGACGGCACGUUUGAUAUCUCUCUCCAAGAAGGUGCCCAUGGUCUCGUCAGCAGAGACACUAUCACAGCCCAGCUUGUGUAUGAGAUUCAGGGCCCGUUUUACCUCAACCCGGAUGUAGUCGCAGACAUUCGUGAUGUCCAAAUUCACCCCAAGGGGAAAAAUAGAGUCUCCGUCUCGGGCAUCCAUGGCACGCCACCACCGCCCACCACCAAACUGGCCAUCUGCACCAGUUCCGGCUUCCAGCUAGAGUACUACAUGUUUGCCGCAGGCCUGGAUAUUGCGGAGAAGCUCUCUGACCUCCGAUCGGUUCUUGACGAGGUCGUGCCCAAUCGCAAAGACUACACCGUCCUCCGAGUCGACCAGUACGGCACGCCGCAGCCAAAUGCGUCUAGCCAGGCCCUGGCGACCUGCAUGUUCCGCAUUUUUGCCCAGGCAGAGAAGGUAGAGACCCUCAGCACGCUCCGGCAGGCUAUUGGAGGCUACGGUCUCGGCGGCUUCUGUGGCCAGCACGGCUGCAUGGACUUCCGCAUGCUGACACCGCGGCCUUUUGUGAGCUACGAGCCGUUCCGCGUUCCUUACUCUGAUGCCGAGAUACGGGUGACCAUGGGCAGUCGCACAGAGUCGGUCACCGUGCCACACAAGACACAGAUCUUUGGUGGACAGGUCAGCUACGACUCACAAGACAAUUAUGCUCGGGCUUCAUUUGGCACCACUGUUCCCGCGCCCUUGGGCUCCAGAGUUCAUGCACGAUCCGGCGACAAGGGCUCUAAUGCUAAUGUGGGAUUCUGGGUUCUGCAAGACGACGAGUACGCUUGGCUUCGAUCGUUUCUCUCUAUUGAGCGACUCAAGAAUCUGCUUGGCGACGACUAUCAUGAAAGCUACACGAUUGAACGCUUCGAGAUCCCCCACCUCCGUUGUGUCCAUUUUCUGGUAAUCGGGGUGCUGGAAGGCGGUAUCAGCUCUUCGUACAAGCUCGACGGGUUGGCUAAAAGCUUUGGCGAGUUCCUCCGGUUCAGAGAGGUGGACAUGCCGAAGAGUUUUCUCAAUAGGGGACGGCUCUAA